UCUCCACUGUCCCAGGUGUCCCACCUCUACAUCUGCAGAUCUGUCCCUUCCCUGUGCCAGGGCACAGCAGUCAUGCCAGACACACCAGUGGAGGAAUCUCUCUUCCAAAUAAUCCACUGUUUCCACCAUUACGCUGCCAGGGAAGGCGACGUGGAAACCUUGUCCCUGGAGGAGUUGAAGGCCCUGCUCAUGGACAGUGUGCCUCGCUUCAUGGACACCUUGGGCCGUAAGCAGCCAUACUAUAUCACAGAGCUCUUCCAAGCCGCUGAUAAAAAUAAGGACAACCAGAUCUGCUUUGAAGAGUUCCUGUACAUCUUGGGCAAGCUGGUGAAAGAUUACCACCUACAGUACCACCGGCAGCUGUGUGCUCACUACUGCACCCAGCACAGCCUCUACUAGAGGGAGGAC